UGCGCAGAUCCGUAGAUUCGAAGUGACGAGGAAGUGGAGAAACGUUAAAGCUGCUGCCGUUUAUCUUGUGUUUGGACUGCAGCAGCUUUUUCCUGUGGCAAUGGACUGGAUUGGAUUUGGCUAUGCUGCCGCCAUUGCUUUUGGAGGAUUUAUGGGAUACAAGAGAAAAGCCAGUGUCAUGUCCCUGAUAGCUGGUUUGGUGUUUGGUGGAUUAUCUGCUUAUGGAGCCUAUAACAUUUCUAAUGAUCCGAAGAACAUCCAGGUGUCUCUACUUACUUCUGGAGUCCUCUCAGUUGUCAUGGGACUGCGAUACAAGAAAUCUGGGAAAUUAUUGCCUGCAGGCAUCAUUACAGGACUAAGUUUAUUGAUGGUGUUCCGCCUUUUGCUCCUGACUGUGGUGUGACAGAGAGCAGCACAGAAACCCUGACUCUUGAUGAACACGCCUGUUUUAAAGGGAGCUUAACCACCAAGUUUGUGUUUCUAGGAAGAAUCAAGAUUAAUUAUUCCUUUGUUUGUUGUACCCACGUUUUUAUGUGUUUGCUGAUGCCAUAAAUUGAGAUUAAUUGAUUUGCAGUUCUUUCAGGAGAGUAGAUGAUGUUAGGGUUCAACAGCUACUUUACAAAAUCAGUUAUUAAGCUAAAAUCCUUCAGAUUGCAGAACAAAACGGCAUGUUUAAAGUAUUAAAUCGGUCACAUGUGUUUAACACAAGAUUUUAAUUUUGAAAAGGUUUUGAGAUUUUU